AGCACCGCGGGCUGGACGUUUACUGAACGUGCGUUGUGUACUCCCCGAUUUUUGGAUUUCGGUUGUUUUUUUACACUCCACUCUAUUUAAUCCGUCUGUUUUUUUAAUAAGUACUUUUUGGCUAUUUAUUUCCGUACAACUCGUCUGGGUCCGCCGCAGAGGACCGAACACCUGUGGUGUGUUUGACAUUUAGCACUGCAUACAUGAAUACAUACAUACACAUAUAUAUAUGCGUAUAAACACAUAUACAUACAUGCGUAUAUAAAUAUACGUACAUAUAUCGGUCGUAGAGAACUGCUAACCCACUCCGAUCGCAGUACAGAUCAUCGAACAGUUAAUUCCGUCAUCUUCCUCAGCGAAAUAAGUUACAAAAGAAUCGCUAAUUGUGAUUAAAAUAAGAGAGAUAGAGAGAAAAAGAUUCAUUAACCGCCCAAGUUAUAGCCUAAUUGAGCUUAUGAAUGUUUAAUUUGGCUACUACUCUAGAAAUUGCCAUGUUGGAAAAUUUCAACGUGACGAACGAGACAUCUACAGCUCUCAUCGAGUCGGUGAUGAGCACGACGAUAAUAAACGAUGGACCGUUGGUGGACAGCGACGCCGUGUCGCCAGUCACCCUAAGCAUGGAAUGGAGCAGAGUGGCAAGGUUGUUGAUUAUGAUCGGUCUAUCCGUCAUCGGCAGUAUCGGUAAUGUGUAUAUGAUCAGCUCAGUAAUGAUCGAGGAUCAUCUCAACAAGAGAGGAAAUACUUUUGUGGCGAACGUGGCGCUGGCAGACCUGUUGAUUAGCGGCCUGGUCAUCCCUGCAUCGGCCGUGGUCAUUCUGUCGGGUCUACAGGACUCACCACCAGUGUGCCAGUUUCAAUGGUUCCUAUCGAUCUUGUGUUGCCUGGUCACUGUGCUAACUAUGGCUGCAGUUGCGGCCGAAAACUACGUCAGACUUUGCUUGACCCCCGAAUGUUACGCCAAACUGACAGUGACGAAAAUCACCACGCUCUUAUUCGCCAUAUGGAUCGUCAGUUCGAUUUUGGUCACUUUACAAUUCAUCUACAAAUUGGGACCUGAUUAUUGCGCCAAACGGGUACGACGAGUCAGCGACAUCGUGGCCACCCAGGCACUGGUGGCCGGCGCCAUCGUGCUGGCGCCGCUGCUCAUCACGGCCGCGCUGUACAUGCGCAUCACGUACCAGGUGCACGUGGCCCGGCUGAACCCGAGUUUCAAGCCACCGCUGGCGUUCAACUGGGACUACUCGCUGAUGCUGGCCAACGCGUACAGCUUCGUCAUGUUCAUCGUGUUCUGGGCGCCGUUCGCCGUCGUGCUCGCGCUGGCCACCGUGCAGAAGCUGUCCGCGCAGGUGUUCUACAACCUCGCGUGGCUGGCGCUCAGCAAGUCGUGUUUCAACAACCUGGUGUACUGCGCCGGCAACCGGCACUUCCGGAACGCGUACGUCAACCUGUUCCACUACUGCUGCUGCAAGACCACGGUGACGUUCUCCCGGCGGGCCCGCGACGGCGCCAGCCGGCCGUCCGGCGACGUGCGCGUGCACAUCAUACCCGGCUACAACAUGUACUCGUACACCAGUCCCACGCGGUCCCGCGAGUCCGGCUCGUGCCCGCUGCAGGGCAGGCCGCGGGCCCGGGCCAACGGCGGCGGGUGCGGUAGCGGCGGCGGCGGCGGUGGCGGCGGAGGAGGCGGCGGCCGGGACGUGUACGAGUUGUAAGCGCGCCGCCGACUACCGCCGUCCUACCACCACAUCCUAUCGCCACUACCGCACACGCGCGCGUCUCGUCGUCGUAAUAAUAAAAAUAAUAAUAAUGAUCACUAUUAUUAUUCGUAUUAUUCGUGUUCGUGUACUCCGACAGGUUUCCCCUCCUAUCCUCGCGUUACACAUGUACCACUCGCGCGUUUUACUACUACCCCUUUAAAAAAUAAAUUUAAUUUGUCCCAACAAUUAAACAGUACACGCGUUACAUACCCACGUUGUCGAAUGACGCAUUGUGUCUUGCACCAAUGACGGGAGAUCGGAGAUUAUUCGCGACCGCGGUCGGCCGACCCUGUAGCGCUUAUACCGACCAUCACUCCCCCCCCUCCCCUACCUUCUUCCAGCUUCCCGUGAUCGUGCGAACGGCUCGCACCGUUUAAUACAGUUCGCCGUUGUCGCGUGCGAUUCUAAAAUAGAGCCGUCAAUCAUCGGGAGUACAAAGGAUACGACCGGUCAGUACGUGACGCGACCGCGUCUCAAUAAUACGCGUCGAACUCGUAUAUUUAUAAUAUUCGCUUCUCGUAUUCGGAAAACACGUAUAUAUGGUAUUGGUGAUAAUAAUAAUAUACGGCAUAUGUGCGCGCGCUUUGAAACCGCGAGAUUUGGCUCGAACGCACGUCGCGCGGCUGCAACACGAAACGGUGGCGACAAAAUUAGAACUCGUUUUCUCUACAGUCUCCACGUCCGCGGUCUUUACCUGUACGCGUUAUCGUCGUAAUAAUAAUAAUAAUAAUAAUAAUGGUAAUAAUGGUAGCUGACGGACGCGGUAUUUCGUUAUUUUAUCAGGUCUCGUUUUCAACCCGUUUCACCCGCAUCUCGGCUCUACGAGUGAUCGUUUCUAACCAUCGUAGUAUUGCACGCUAUAGAAACAUAUGUCUUAAUUUUUUCUCUCGCGCUUAUCGAUAUUAUUAGAUAUCGUGUGUGUGUAUUCGAUUUGUGUUGUGUAUUCUAAACAGCGAUUCUAUAUUAUAUAAUAUUAUUUAUUAGGUACUAUAUAAUAAUAAUAACAUUAAUCCAAUUUAAAUAUAACGUUAAUACUAUUAAAAUUAUAUUAUAAUACAAACGAUGUACAUUAUAGUCGUAUGAUUAGUUAGCGUGACACUCUAUGAUAAGUAAAUUGUUACAUUAUAAAUGUCGUGUUCGUACAUUCCGACGUGGAACUCGCCCAUUGCUGUUAUACAGGAAACAAAUGCAUUCCAUCGAUUUGUAAAAUAUCAUAAAACACAUGUAUGCUACAUGAUAUUACUAUAUAUAUUAUAUUGUCUACUAUACCCGUCCACUGUCCCGAGCCAAAAAAGCAUUGUCAAUUAUAAAUAGUAUAUAUAUAAAGCCUAUUGCAUAUAAUAUUAUAUUAAACCUCGAUAGAUAUACACAAAAUUUUAAAUAUAUUACUGCUCGCGUACAUCGACCAUUGCUGGUCACAAUAAGUAUCGUAUUUUAUCAAAAUCGGUGCUUGAAGUUGCGGAGUGGCUACGGGGGAAAAUCCAAUCCCUUAUUUUUUCACUUUCAUCCCUCUAAUUGUUAUAUCGUCCAAAACAAUGCGUCCCUUUUUGAACAAUUGUUAUUUCAAAAUGAACAUUAAUCAAUCAUCAAGUGAUUGAGAUGUCCUUACAGUUGUAUCUAAAUGUACGAACUCGUAUUGUUAUGAUUAAUAUUACCAACAACAGGUUGUGUAAGCAAAAAAUUAUUUAUUAUUUAUAUAAUUACGAGUAUGGUAACAUACAUAGAAUACACCACAUAUAAAAAAGUCUAUUGCAUUUUACUCCCCAACUAUUUACCGUCACAUAUCAUACCGCUGAUUAUUUAACAAUUAUAUAUAUUUAUAAGCUAUAAAUUACUUACAUUUUGUCGAAGCGGUAGGAUAGUAUAUCUAUAAAAGAAGGCGGCGAACGACCAGUCCGACAGCAGUAUAUAUUGCAAUAUAAUAAUUCAAAUUUUAUUAUAUAAAUAAUAAUUAUUGUAUAUAUACAUAUUUCAGUUUAAGUUAAAAUACAUACCAUAUAAUGACAUUCUAACUUUGACUUUGUCGACAUAUAUAUAUGUCAUAUAUAUGAGUUCAUUAAAUUUUUAGUAUGUGUCAUGCAGAGGCGAAACUAAAAAUUUUUACGCCCGGAUAAAAUGUUAAAAUUAGGCCAAGACCAAGAAUUAAAUACCCUUCUCUACCAUUUUAUUUUAAUUCUAAUAAUUAACAUACAAUCAUACUUAUGGAAUUUUAAACACAUUAUCAGUAACAAAGUUAAAAAUAUAAAACUAGUAAAAUAAAUAAAAUAAAUAAUUAAAUACAAAAAUUAUUCUCUACAAUUUUACAUCCGGGGAUGAAGCCCCACCUUGCUUCCCCUAGUUCCGCCCCUGGUGUCACGAACAAAGUGAAAUUUAGGGUGAUGUACGAUCUUCCUUUUAAAUUUCAACGGUUUGAAAUAAAAUCCAUGAGGAUGACCUGUAAUAAUAGGCACUAUAAAUAUGUACAUAUACAAUUAAUUUGGAAUGGCCUAGCAACACGGUAAUUAGCUGUCACUCGCUUAUAAUGAUAAAAUACUGCAAUGCGUUUUUCACCUGUUAAAAUGUACCUUUAAGGCUAUAAUAAUUCGCGUGUCAAGUUCAAAGCUAGAAAUCUUAUAAUUUACUUUACGGAGUUUAAAAUGCCAAAUCCAUAUUACUAUUUUAUGAAAUUGCCGAUUUCAUGAAAUCAGCAACGUUGUCGCCGAACACGUGAAAUCGGCAAUUUGAUUAACAAAUUCACGAAAUCAGCAAAUUUUGAUUGCUGAUUUCGUAAAUUAGGCAGCCUUUUCCGGCCGAUUUCACGUAUUCGGUAACACAUUAUUACGAUAUAAUUAAAAAUAGUGGCUUAUAAAUAAAUAAUAAUAGUACGCGUGCUGAUCGGCAUUACCACGCCGUAAUCUUUAUUACCAAUGACGCUAUGAUACGUACAAGUGCACAUGUAAAAAAAAUAAUAUAUGUAAUUCGAUGUGUCACCCAGGACAUACAUGCCAAAGUGUUUAAAUAUAAUACAAUUUUUUUUUAUUUACUUUUUUUACACAUUAAAAUGUAUUUAUUAUUUAUUAUAUU